GACGAAUGCCGGUACGAGUCUACGGCGCAACCUCCACCUCCCCAUCCACCUCCACCACAACAUCUCCACCCAGCACGGCACCUGCGUCGCCUGGUACUGACCUACCCCUCACCUCACCCACGGGCACCCCACCUGCCCCCGUCCCCGCCUCAACCCCAACACCCCCAGCCCCACCGUCCCUCCCCUUCUCACCUCCUCAACUCGAAAAGCACCCCGACUGCCCAAUCUGCCUCGAAGACUACACCCCAGGCGAACUCCUUCUCACGCUCCCCUGUGGACACGAAUACCAUAAAGCGUGCGUGGAGCCCUGGUUGGUGAAGCGGAGGAGGGUGUGUCCGAUUUGCAAGAGGGAUGUUAGUGUUGGGAUUGGCGGUGGGGGGCAGGGGGAGGGGAGUCAGAGGGAGGGUGGGGAGGCUGUUUGAGAUGGAGCAAUGGGUGAACUGGAUGGGGUGCAGGUUGUGAUGAUUUUUGGGUCUGAUAGGGCAGGAAAAGCGGCGGGGGAGGUUUAGGUGUUCAUUUGGUACGGAGUCAUAUUGGUUUACGACAGGAUCUGGAUUCGGAUAUGGUAUUGGUUAUUGGCUAUCGGUGUA